GGCUGGCGAUGUGUACCUUCUGCUGUUGCUGUUCCUUCGUUUUUUGCAUGGUUUAUGAGAGCUGUCUCCAUUCUGGUGUUUCAGGGCUCACCCAGGAGGGCCUUUUCAGGGUGAACGGCAACGCGAGGCUGGUGCAGCAGCUGCGGCUCCAGCUGGAGAGCGGGGCGCGCGUGGAGCUGGCGGAGGUCGGGGACGUGAGCGCGGCCGCCAGCCUGCUGAAGCUCUUCCUGCGCGAGCUGCCCGAGCGCGUGAUCCCCGCCGCGGUGCAGCCGCGCUUAAUCCAGCUCUUCCAGGAUGGCAGAGACGAUGCUCGGGGGAAUAGCUUAAGAGACUUAAUCAGAGCGCUGCCAGACACCCACUACCACCUCCUCAAGUACCUCUGCCGGUUCCUGACAAAAGUCGCCAGGCACCACGUGCAGAACCGCAUGAGUGUUCACAGCCUCGCCACUGUAUUUGGGCCAAAUUUCUUUCAGUAAGUUAGUGGAGUUUUGCUGUUCAUAUCAUCGUGUUUCUUUCCACUUCCUACUGCCUGAAAUUACUAGGAUGUAGAAGCAGAGCUGUAUCUGAAAAGUCACCCAGGUUAUGCUAGGUUUUAGCCUUGUUUUGAUCCAGGUUUGAAGAAGGCAAACAUACCUUCUUCUAAA